CACAUAUUCAAUAUGCUAAUUUUAAGACUUUCUAAAAUCAUUUUAUUACUCUUGACACUGGAACAAGUGUGCUCGAUUACACGGGAAAAAUUGUAUACAUCUGAUGGUAAACAGUAUUAUUACAUUGAAAAUGAAUACAAGUAUGAUUGGUUUGAAUCUUUAACCAAAUGUGCACGCAUAAACAUGACUUUAUUAACAAUUGAUUCCAAAAUCAAAUCGGAAGAUAUCAAUCAAGUUGUUAAGAAGGCCUUUGGAAAAAAUGUUAUUCUUUGGGUUGGUGGCUAUGCUAUUGGUACAAAUCGCCAGUUCACUUGGAUUGCAACGGGCGAAGAAUUUACUUAUACUUAUUGGUAUGCUUCGAAUCCAGAUUUUUAUAAUAGUGAGGAGUAUUGUGUGCAAAUUGGUUGGCAUGCCAAUAUGGGUUGGAACGAUAAUAAAUGUACGAAAAAAUUUGGUUUCAUUUGUGAGUUCAAACCACAAGAAUGUAGCGACUAUGUGGACGAUAAGAAAUAUAAAAACCAGAAUAUUAUAAUAAAUAAUUAUCAAAAAGUUUAAGUUGUUGUUUUUUGCGAAAUGCUGCAAAAGCAAAAAUAAAUAAAAUUAAACAAAAUAAACAAUAUUUAAAA